UAAAAACCCACCCAUUUAAUGUGUGUAAUGGUCAGAAGAGGGAAGAGCAAAGAUGUGUCUGUGUUAUAUUAUAAAGAAUGUCUUUCUCAUUUAAGGCUUGUAAUUGGUUUCAUGUGGGACAAUAAUAACACCGAAGUCUAUCAUUCCAUUACUGAGCAAUGUUCCCCCUUCCUGAUACAGGUCACUACUUCAGCAUGGACUACUCAUCCCGGGAUGUUCAUGUGAGGAUCAUCACCCUGGGCUUCAUCUUUUACACUGUCGUGUUUCUUCUGUCCCACUUCAUAUCUAAACUGCUGUUUGUGACCUACCGCUCGCUGCCUGGCAAAGAAAAGUUUUUCUGGGAUUUAGCUGCGACUCGGGCAGUAUUCGGCAUCCAGAGCAUAAUAGCAGGGCUUCGAGCACUCUUGGAAGACUCUGCUGUACAUUCUGAUAAGAUCCUUGGGCAGGAAAACUGGUCAUGGUUCAACGUCCUGAUAGCUACUGGCUUUUUCCUAUUUGAAAACGUAGCUCUUCACUCAUCCAAUGUGGUGUUCUGGUCCUUUGAUCUGCCGUUAGCUGUGCACCACUUCUUUGCUCUGGCAGGGUUUGCUGGUGCAGUUGUGUGGGACUGGCUGGGUCAUUUUCUUCCUAUGGUGACCUUGCUGCUGGAAAUGAGCACACCCUUUACCUGCAUAUCCUGGAUGCUACUUAAGGCUGGCUGGUCGAAGACUCUUUUCUGGAAAGCUAAUCAGUGGAUGAUGAUCCACAUGUUUCACUGCCGAAUGGUUCUAUCCUACUAUAUGUGGUGGGUGUCCUGGAAUCAUUGGGAGGACAUGAAUACCCACAUCCCAUUGAUUCAGAGACUGUUGUUCUUUUUGGGACUUACCCUGCUCACCUUCUUUCUCAAUCCCAUGUGGACACAUAAGAAAACCUUACAGCUACUAAAACCAGUGGAUUGGAACUUUGUGAAAAAAACUCCACCAGAGAACAGACCCGUCAUAGAUGAGCCACAGCACAAACAUCAUUCCAGCUGAUUAACUGUUUUUAUGCGGGUAAUAUGAGCAAAUGGUAAUUUUUUUAUAGUUGUAUCGUCAAUCAUUGUUUGAAGGUUCAAGAAUUUAGGUUUAGUACUUUCAAAUUCGAGAUAAGGCACAUUUAGUUUGGUUUCUGUAUUUAGAUAGCUCUAACUCUAUAUUUUUAUUUGUGAUUUCAGGCUGUGGCUGAUGCAUGUUUCGUAUGUGUGUAACUUUUAACUGAAUGUGACAGUGGGAAAUGACCCUUGUGGGUUCUUUUUCAUCAACUUCCUGUUUAAGUUGGGUUAAAUAUCAUGAAAAUAGCUUAUUAUAUGUGUUUAUGUGACUGUUUAAAGCUGUUUUCUUUAUGCCUAGACAACAAUGAAAACUUCACCUUAGAAUGAUCAGACUUUGGUGUUCUUUUUCUUUUAAGAUCAUUUCUUUUACAUACUAUUUAGUGAUGCCCCAUAGCAGUAGGCUGUGUGAUUUAGUCAAUGUUUGUGUUUUUCUUUCUAAGGCCUAUGGAUGUUUGAUGAAGCUCUUUAGGGCCUGUAAUGGAAUUACAGUUAAGACCAGGGGCGUUGCUAGACAUAAAUCUCUACUGGGGCACAGGCCCCCCAUUUUUUGCUGACUUUUUUUUGAAAGCCUGCUGUGUGCAAGAGGUGUGCAACACUUCUAUACAAUGUCCUUUGCUUAACCCACUAUUCUACAGUGCAACAGUUACUGCGAAAGAUACAUAUAUACAAGUGUAUUCUUCAUCAUACCUAACAUUAUUAACAUGUUUGGAGGCAUAAAUGGCAUAACAUGUUUGGAAAUAAUGACAGCAGAGAAAUAUUUUCUACAUUAUACAAUGAUAGCAAUGAUUAAUAACUUAUUUUUACAAGAAUAUUUUAAGAAACCAGUCAUUUUAUGACUGCUAUACUAUAUAAUCUCCGUCACAGUUACUGCUAACUGUUUGUGUUAUCCUAGAGUUAAAUAUUAGUAAACUAAAUAUUAAUUUCAUAUCUGGAAAUACAGAACAGUAUAACACAUACAUCUGUUGAUUUUCUCAGCAACAAUGCAAUUCUUUAGACUUGACAAGAGGUUUUCCUGAGAUUUUUCCUCUAAUGUUUGAGACCUGACAGGGUCAGGAUGUAGUUUGUCUAACCUCCCUUAAACGUUUAAUCUCUCCUUUCUUCUUCUCUUUCCCUGCUUUGCACAAAACAUUUCUGAUGUCCAUCUACAGAAGCCAAUAAUGAUCGAGUCAAAGAUAAGCCUUAUUUUUUAGAAACUUACUUUAGUCUCGUUAUGCUUUCAUAAGCACUCGCGUGGCGUCACCUUUUGAAUGCGGUUGUGCGCGGUGAACGCAAACGCGCGCGGCCACGGAUACGUGCGUGCACGCGUCAAUGCGAAUGCUUUGUCGCUUUUACAAGCCUAAAUUGAGUAACUACUUUGCAUAAAGAUCCGUUUUUGCCGCGAUUGUCUUUGUAAAGGAUUGCACUAGUUAACUGCUAAAAUUUAAACUUGAGAUUUACACUGGGGCACAAAAGAUUUACACUGGGGCACGUGCCCCAGUAAAAGGGGUCUAGCGACGCCCCUGGUUAAGACUCAUUCAUCAGUAAUGAUAAAUGAAGAACAGUGCCCGGUUGCAUGAAACUCCUUAAGUGAGGGUUUCCCUGAGGGAGAAAAAAUCCCUGAGGUAAGGGAUUUAUUUAAGAACGUUGCAACAAAAGUCUUAACUGUCUUUAAGUCUUUAAGUGUUUAAAAAACGUAUUUUACGGUAGUCUCUGCCAAAACACGGCAGCGGAGAAGCGGUAGCUAUAGAUACAAAAUCUCACAGCGUAAACAAAUCAACGCACACAGCUCAACAGACGGCGGAUUUGUGUACAACGAAACAUCGCAAAUAACAGUCUGUAAAGUGCCGCAUGUAUAAAACCUCAAAGUAAUUCAAACUUCAAACACUUUAGAUUGACGGACGAUCAAACCGCUAUUCUCCUAAUAAAUGUGCAUCACUUUUCCCUAGUGACUACUUAGAUCGUUAGAAAUGCGGUGGUACUUCAUUUUCUUAAAUAACCAUAAAAUCAGCCAUCGCGUAAGACGUUAAGGGACACGUUAUAGUCCCUUAAGUUUUUAAGGGAAAAUUGGACUUAAGGACUUUGUAGCAACGCAUAGCAGAACUUAAUGUAAUACUUUAGCUUUUAAGGGUAAAUACUUAUUGACAGCUUUAAGGUUCCCUUAUGGGUUUUUCUUGCAACCCAUUUUUUAUUAAGGGUACCCAUAACCUUAUAUUUGAGGGAUUUCUUAGCUUAAGGACUUCCAUGCAACCGGGCACAGAACUCUUCUAUUUAUUUUAUCGAUCUGCUCACACAUUACAAUACAUAUUGUACAUAUUGAGAUAUUUGGACUCUAACAGAGAUAAUAAAAAUACGUCAUUAUGUCAAACUUCAUGAUUCUGAUUGGUUAGGCUAUAGAUAAACUUGGAGAACUUUCACACGUUGAGGUCCAGUUCAGAGCAUUAUAUGAGUAGCAGUAUGGCAGCAAGCAGUCCGAGUUUAGAAACAGAAUGACUGUGAAUGCCACAGGUCAUACCAUCUUCAGAAAAUUGGCAUCCACGGGUGAUUACACUCUGAGUCACGAGUCAAACGGUCCAACCCCCAUGUCUCUACGAUGUUCAGAUGUGGAGAUAUAUGGCUUUGUUUAUUCGGUUGCUAGGGAGAAAAUUGGCAUCCACUAGUGAUAAAACUACGAGUCACCAGUCAAACGGUCCAACCCCCAUUUAAUGUUAUUAAACCGUUCACAACAGAGUUUUGUAGUGUAAUCCAGGCAAAAAUAAGUCAGUUUACAUUACUUGUGGGAACUUAAAUGUUGUUAAAUAGUGUAAUUCACAACAAAGUUGUGUCGUGUAUUUUAAGACACGAUGUCCACAUCAAGUGUGUCGAACUGCAAGCAUGCUAAAUUCGUUAAAUAAACCAUUAUGGUACAGUUGUUUUGAUUAAAGGGUGCUGGUUUGCAUGGGACGUAUCAGCGGAAGCUUGUGUUCACUUGGAGGGGUGUAAAUAAAUAAACAAACAAACAAAUACCCAGCUUCUGUCCUUCAGAAAUGCAAGCAAAUGUAUUGGACAUUUUGCUUUGUUUACGUUUUUACCUUAAAAGGAGCAGCCAUGGCGACAAAGAAUCUUCAUGACAUCAUCAGAGAGAAGCUAAAGUGGAUUAUUUUCCGUGACGUCAUCAGAGACAAGCUGAAACUGCAGAAAUGUUUAUUCGAAGGGGGCU